AUGGUUUGGCAUGGCACCGACGAUAGGGGUAUGACGACGAGUAGCGUAUGUCGAGAAUGGCGAUACGGAGGGAACAGAGACGUUGGGCGAGCUUCGCCGUUGGGUCCCGGUCUUAACCUGAUCAGAAACUCUGUAGACGUCGACUGUUCAAGGCGUCUGGCAGUGUUAUGUAUAGAAGUUCAACAUGAGUUACGACGGCUUUCAACGACGCUUGAGUAG